GUUUAGAUAUUGAAGAAGGAUAAAAAGCUCCUUAAAGGUUUGGAAGGUUGCAUGUGAUCAGCAUGAAGAGCUUAAAAGCAAAGUUCAGGAAGAGUGACAACAAUGAGUGGAAUAAGAAUGAUGAUCGGCUGCUGCAGGCAGUGGAGAAUGGCGAUCCUGAGAAAGUGGCUUCAUUGCUGGGUAAAAAGGGAGCCAGUGCCACGAAACAAGAUAGUGAGGGCAAAACUGCUUUUCACCUGGCAGCCACCAAAGGCCAUGCAGAGUGCCUCAGGAUUAUGGUGACACAUGGCGCAGAUGUGACAGCCCAAGAUGGUGCAGGGCACAGUGCUUUACAUCUUGCAGCAAAGAACAGCCACCCAGAUUGCAUUAAGAGGUUACUUCAGAGUAAAUGUCCAGCAGACAGCAGUGACAAUUCUGGGAAAACAGCUUUACAUUAUGCAGCUGCAUGUGGUUGCCUUCAGGCAGUUCAACUUCUGUGCGAACACAAAUGUCCAAUCAAUGUCAAAGAUUUGGAUGGGAACAUACCUCUGCUGCUUGCAAUACAAAAUGGUCAUACGGAAGUCUGCAAAUACCUUCUGGAUCAUGGAGCAGACAUCAACACCAGGGAUAAAAAUGGAAGAACUGCUCUGAUGAUGGCUUGUGAAGUGGGCAGCCUUAACAUGGUGGAAGCCUUCCUUAGGAAAGGUGCAGAUGUCAGUUUAGUAGAUAUCUUUGGACAGAAUGCCCUGCAUUACUCCAAGCUCUCUGAGAAUACAGGGAUCCAGAAUCUCCUAUCAUCAAAGUUAUCUCAGGAUGUGGAUACAAAGUCAACAACAAAAGCAAAGCAGCAUGACCAAGGCUCUAAAUUAAGUUCAGAAAGAAGUGGAACUCCAAAAAAACGCAAAGCCCCACCUCCUCCUAUCAGUCCUAUUCAGCUUGGUGAUUUGUCUUCUCCACACUCAUCAACUUCAACUCCCAUGACUGGAAAAGGGCAGGCUUUCUUUGCUGAUCAAGUGUGCAAGCAGGAAGAAUUCAGCUCCUCACAUCAUGAUAAUAAAGACAGGCUGAGUGACAGCACAACAGGUGCUGAUAGUUUAUUGGAUGUGAGUUCUGAAGCUGACCAGCAAGAUCUACUUCUGUUGAUGCAAGCAAAAAUUGCUUCUUUGACAUUGCACAAUAAGGAGCUGCAGGACAAAUUACAGGAAAGAACACCUAAAGAAGUGGAUUCAACUGUAGAAUCUUAUCAUGCAACUCAAACAGAGUUUGAGCAAAGAGCAGAUAGACAAAAUGAGUUCUUAGCUCAGGAGCUGAAGUCUACAUUAAAUGCCACCCAAAUUCAAGAAAAGUUGACAAACCCCAGUGAAGUAAAAAUGAAGUACCUCCAGGAAGACUUAAAGGAUGUGCAGAGGAAAUUAGAGAAUUCUGAAGUCAAAAGAAAGCAAGUAGAAGCUCAGGUCCAGUCUAGAGUCCCAGAAACAGAUCAUUUAAAUAGCACAGACAUUUCAGAAAAUGGUUCUGAUCUCAACCCAAAGUUCCAAGAAACUCAAAACAGUUAUGAGGAAGCUGUGAAAGAGGUUUUGAAUGUACAAAAGCAAAUGAAGUUGGGUCUUGUUUCCUCUGAAAGUGAAGAAACCAGUUCUGAUCUGAGUAGGUUGAAAGUUACAUGUGGAGAAGUUGAAAUGCUUAAGCAAGAAUUGAAGAGAGUGCUGGAGGAAAGCGAAAGGCAAAAAGAGAAAAUGAGAGAGCUACAGAAAAAGUUUGAAGAAAGAGAUCAGAGUGUGGCAAGCAAAUUGUCUGUAGAAGAGUGUGAGGAGAUGAAGAAUUCAUAUUGUUCAGUUAUUGAUAACAUUAAUCAAGAGAAAGCGUUGUUGAUUGAGAGGUACAGAGAAGGGCAAGAGGAAAUUAAAAGGCUGCAGGACAAGUUGACAAAUCAGACGCAGUUGGAAUCUAGUGCUGAAGCUGGAGAAAUGAAAGAUGCAAUGCACAAAAUGGUAGAUGAGCUCAACAGACAACUUAGUGAAUUGUCUGAGUUGUACAAAGAAGCACAAACAGAGCUUGAAGAAUAUAGGAAGAGAAAAACUCUUGAUGAUAUAGCUUUGGACUACAUUCCUAGAGAUGAACAUGAGAAACUGAUGCAGGUAACAAAUUCCUUGAAAUACAAAGCAGAGAAUGAGUUAUCAGAAAUGAAAUCCCAAUACACAAAAGUAUUAGAUGAAACAGAAGAACUGAAGCAACUGUUAGAUGCUCAGAAACAAAACUCUUUGCCAAUUACUGAACACCAUCAGGUGAUGAAUGCACUCAGAAAUACUGUAAUGGAAAUGGAGGAAGAAAUAAAUGAGCUCAAAGUACUGCUUACCAACAAGGAAAGCGAAGUAAGAAACUUACAGAAGGAAUUACUGGAAGAAAAAGCUGCAAUUAAUGAAGCAAUGGUACCUAAGGCUACAUAUGAAAAGCUCCAGUCAUCACUAGAGGGGGAAGUUAGUGUUUUGUCAUCCAAGCUGAAGGAUGUAAUCCAAGAGAAGGACAAUGUGUCCUUAGAUGUUACGCAACUGAAAAAUGAAGUUUUGCGCUUAAAAGAAGAGAAAGAAGGUAUGCAUACUCUGCUUGAAGCAAAGCAACAGGAGGUGACUGGUCUUCAGCAAAAGUACCAUCAAGUUCAAGAAGAUCUUCUUGAGAUGAAAAGAUAUUCUGAAAGCUCAUCAAAACUGGAAGAGGAUAAAGAUAAAAAGAUCAAUGAAAUGACCAAGGAAGUUAGUAAAUUAAAAGAAGCAUUGAACAGCCUUUCUCAGCUUUCUUACUCGACCAGUGCUCCCAAAAGACAAAGCCAGCAGCUGGAAGCAUUACAACAGCAAGUGAAGCAGUUGCAAAACCAACUGACUGAGACAAAGAAACAACAUCAGGAAGUUGUCUCAGUCUACAGGAUGCAUCUUCUCUAUGCUGUGCAGGGUCAAAUGGAUGAAGAUGUCCAGAAAGUGCUUAAACAAAUUUUAUCUAUGUGUAAAAGCCAAUCACAGAAGAAGUAAACAAAAAAGCCAAGGAAAACUCCCCAUUUUUAUUAAUCCUGUUAUGGGUGUUUAUCUAGAUUUGCCUUAACAUAAGAUUUAAAUUGGCAAUUUGCUGCUUUUGUGUUAUUGUGCUGUUCGUGAGGUGGAUUUGUUUGUCUGUCUCUAUCACUUACCAUGUGUAUUUGCGUGUGCAGUAACUAAACACAUGCCUGCUUUUCAUAUCCAAAAUGCAAGUAUGUUCUUCAGACUUUUACCUAGGCCACUCCAUGUCAUGUUUACCCUGAAAAUACUUUCUAGCUUCCUCCAAUAUUUGGGGAUUAAUCUAGAGGAAAGCAGUUGUGUUGCCUGGGUAAAGAUGAAAUUCUCCAUAAAGUCUUCUGUACUGUUUAUAAGCUGCAACUUGUUACUGGGGAUUAAUUUAGUUGCUUGAUGUUGUAGCACUUGGAUUCCUGACAUUUUGCCAUAUACAGUCUUCGGCAGAGCAGAAGUAAGCCUUGCAGAAGUGAGCAGAAAUAGAUACUUAUGCUAAACCAGAACAUCAAACAGCUACACUUCUUAGUGUAAUACUAUUUAAGAUUAACACGCCAUGAGGUAGCUGUCCCAACCCAUCCAAUGCACUGAGUACACAAAACUCAUACCAUGCUUCACAGUUUCCUUUCAUAACUGCCUGGUAGUGGAAUAAAACUAUUUCAAAAGGUAAAGUCAUUAGUUUAUUGAAGUUCUGUACAAAGCAGUACAGAAACAUAAACAACCCUUUAUGAUAGGUUUAGCUAUCUAUGCAAGUGUUGGCCAUGAAGCUCAGGAACAAAACCAGAACAUAUACUUUAGACAAGGGAUUCUAGUGAACACAGGAUGUUUACAGUGAAUGUCAAUGCCUCAUAUUUCCUAACCUCACUUUUGUAAAGAUCUUCUCUUCAGUAUAUUUUUAUUGGCCCUCUAAUGAAUUUUUUUGUAACUAAACCAUUUUUUCUACAUAAUGUUUGCAUUAAGCUUAUUAAUAAAUAUUUUUAGGUAACUGUGUUUUAGAGAGUUUCUUUUUAUACCCCCAGGUAUUCAGUAAUAGUGAAGCAUAGUGAAGUGUUUUCAGUUUGUAAGAGAUCUGUAUGGAAUAAUAAACCUGUCUGUCAGUGUGGUCCAGAGCAGUGAAGUGUAAAAAUGCAGUUCAGCCUGCUGUUC